AUGUUUGUUCGCCGGAUAUCACCAACUAGAAAUCAGGCUGCUCUGUUGCAGUCUUGUCGGUCAAUACAUAGCCUGGGCGACAUGCGAACAUGCGAGCAGCGCCACCAGAUCCGGGUCGGGCCGAAAGACUCCAGCAUCAACAAGACUUUUGACAUCUUGAUGGAGAUCCUCAAGAAUCCAAAGCUGGGAAACCAUGUACGGGAGAUUGUGCAGACUAGACAGCCGAGCAUGGAGCACCACUACGUCCAAACGGCAGAGCAGCGCGAGCUUAGUGCCGGGGACAAGAAUCUCCUCCGCGCGGCUGUCUUGAAUGCGGGUUUUGCUGGCCCCCAAGGAAGCGCGGUGCUCAACAUGCUCAUGCAAAACACCACGAGGCCUCCAGGCGAAAAAUGGGAGCCUGGCAAGUUUACAGCCUCUGCGUAUGGAUGCGACGAUGGUCAAAUCCACGGCACCUUCAUUGCGCAGGCAUUGGCCGCGAUUCUCAUCUCGGUGUCACCAAAUCUGGAGUCCCUAGUUAUGACACAGCCUUUUCAUACAUUUCCUGGGUUCUACAGGCAUUUCGAGCGUCCCGAAGAGGAUAUUGUUCAUUUCCCCCUCGACCAAUUUCUCCGUCGGGCCAAUGCAAACCCGAAUAAAGUUCCGUAUCUUCAGAAUCUUCGCAAGGUGUACAUGAUAGUCGACGAUAAGGCCUCGGACGACCGAUUUUACAUGGCCCUCGACUUAUUGGAAUGCGCAACGCUUUUCGACCGCCUCCCAUCUAUUGAAUCCAUUAGCACCGAUGCUAUCUGUGACGACGAAAAUGAGGAGGUCCGCUUAACGCUAGAGUCCCGAUCGUCUAAUAUCAGCAGAAUCCAUAUCCGCCACUCUUCCCUCCCAUCGCCAUUUCUUGUCUCUCUCAUUGAAUCUUGCAAAAAGCUACGAGAAUUUCAAUACACCAUGGGUGGUCGGUGCGUUCUAGGAGGUUGGUAUGCACCGUUCGCUGCCAAGACCUUCAUCAAAUCAAUUUUGUCGCACAAUGACACACUAGAAGUUCUGGACAUCGACGCCGAGCGCAACAUACACUCCUUCCACCACUCCUAUUUUGAUGAUGGCCUGGUUGACCAGAGAAUCGAAGAAGAAAGGCUCGAGACUCUUGAUGAUGAGGAGGAAAGUGGAGAUUAUGAACGUCAGAUGCUGCAGUCCAUUUCGAAGAACAGUGGGUCAUUGAAGGACUUCCGGGCCUUGAAGCGAUUGAAUGUGGGCAUCGGGUUUUUGAUAUAUUUUGCCAUGGGUGUCAGGGAAAGUAACGAGCCAAGGAAACCAUUUCUGCUGCCGGACGUUCUCCCCGAGAGUUUGGAAUACCUUUGCAUUCGGGGGUACAAGAAAGGGAAGUGCAAGGUGUGGGAUACGCAUAUUGAUGCCUUGGUUGCAUCCUUUGUCUCGGGCUCAUCGGGGAUCAAGGAGAUCACAGGAAUCGAGGAAAUGAUUGCCAAUUCUGAAGAUGUGGACAACCCAGACGAUGACGACCACUUGCUGUGGGUUCCGACAUAUACCUGUUGA